UGUUCCAUCUCCUCUUCUUGACGCCUUCAAGCUGACUUGUGCAACACAGAGCAUAGCAUAGCAGAGCGACCAGCCACCAAGAACUUGCCAGCCAUUGUCGACAAUGGCGGAGCCCAAGGCGUCCAAGAGCAAGAGCAAGUCCAAGUCCAAGUCCAAGAGCCACCACGGCCACGACGCGGCGGCGUCCAAGAAGGCCAAGGCCAGCGCCGGGGCCGCGCCGGCGUCCCUGGACGCGCACUUCGUGCCGUGCGCGGACGUCAAUGGCCUCCGCUUCGGCGCGCAGCUCGUCACGCGCGCGCUCACCGUGCGCCGCGCCGCGCCGCUCGAGCUCCCGCACCUCCUCCGCGCCUCGCCCACCACCGCCGCAGGCGACGCGCUGUCGUUCGCGCCGACGACGACGUCGUACAUCCCGACCAACUUCGCGAUCCUGGCGCACCACGCGUGGCACACCCUCACGCUGGGCCUGGGCACCAAGAACUCCAAGGCCACCGUCUUCGUCUUCGAGUCCGCCGCCAUGAAGGCAGCCGCCGACGCCGCGUGGCCGCACGUCGUCCCGCUCGGCGACGUCGGCCGGCGCCUCAUCCGCGCGGCGCCGGGGGGCCCGGAGAUGGCGCGGUUCAAGUUUCGCAAGGGCUGCGUCACGUUCUACGUCUAUGCCGUCCGCACCGCCGGCGCGCGCGGGUUCGCGCGCGCCGACGAGCUCAGGGCCAUCGUCGAGGCUGUGGCAAGGCUCAAGGACUUCCUGGACCACACCGCCAUGUUGGCGCUCCCGGGGCAGAGCAGCAUUGAUGUCGCCGCCGCCACCGCGCCGGUGGGCAUCGUGCAUUGAUGCGUUGACACUGGCUUGCUUGUGACGAACUGCGUAUAGAAUCUUUUUGCUCCUUCGUUUUUCUUUCGGUGUGUGCAUUGAUUUCUGAAUGUGACCAUUUCUUCUUUGGAUUGAGAUCGAUGUUGUUCAAUUCCUUAAUUCUCUAGUGUGAAUUUGUUUACUGGCAUUACAAGAUGCCAUGGCAAUUUUCACUCCUAAGUUGAUAGGAAACCCAAUCAAAAUUAGCAUUUUUUAACAGGUUGGAA